GAGCAGCUGGGGCUUGAACUGGCAACCAUAUGGGAUGCUGGCCUUGAAGGAGAUGGCUUUACCCACUGGCUGCACCACGUGCCAGCCCCUGGCUUUUUUCCCCUAAACUCUGAAGUUAGUUGUUCAUUUUCAUACCUCCUUGGAAAGGGUAUGGGUUCAAAGACUCGGGGGAGAGUCCCACAGCAGCAGUGCAGGACUUGUGGGAUGGAGAAAGGAAGGAAGCUGACAGUGUGGGCCUCUUUGGUUCCAUCUCUCUGGGAAUCAUGGUUAUCCAGUGGGGCUGGAGUCUUUGGUUAGGGGUCCUGGGAAAGGAAGGGUGUGGACUCCCUUGGCUCUGGUGUAGGUGUAGGUGGCACUCAGGAGGGCUGGUUCCGGACUGUGGGUGCCCAGGGGAAUAUGCCUGGGGCCUUGACAGCUUUGGCCUCAUUAGCCAAGGCCUGACCUGGUGGUGUGCCAGGCAGGCCCUCUUGCCAUAGUCUCCUUCCUGUCUUUGUCCAGUGGCUUGUCCAGGAAGACCCUUCCCACGGGAGCCUGUCCCCAGUGCCCCCUUCAGUGGGUUCAGCAAACACUCAAGGAGCUCUGAGGAGGUGCUAUGCAGAGAGCAGAAGCUGGGCUGGGGUGGGGGAGGGCUCUUUCUGGGGCAUGAAUGAAGCUCUUCUCAAGCUAGAAGUUGGCUGGCCCUUGGCAGCUAGCAUGGUUAGUUCCUGCAGGCAGCACCUCCAUGACUCCACACUCUCCCAGGCAAGCUGGGUGCUGGUGGCACAGGGCCUGGCACUGUCACCCAGUCCCCUCCCACCUCGAGCAUCCUGAGACUGUGAUUGCCGUGGUUUUCUGACUUCCUUUUUCUUUCUCUCACUGCCCUGCCCAUGGCUGCCAUGUGGCUGCCUUUAGUCAGCUGGAAACUAGGCCUUCUAGUGCUUUCCUUCUGUGUCUCCAGCAGAAGAUGAUGUAAUUUAUGGGGCCCGAGAGGAGAGGACACCUUGGCCCUCCAUUAAAGCCUGGAUUCUGCUUGCUUCCAUUCCCACACCUGUCGGCUUCAUCCCACUGCAGCUCUCAUCCCUAAGGGGACAAGGGAAUAAGAUGAGGCCGAGCUCCUGCACUGAACAGAGGAGGAGGCCCGUUGGGACAGGUGCAUGGAGUGAGGGGACAGCAGUCCCUGGGCCACUGCCCGCGCUGGCCACCCGGCCUCCCCCGCCAGGCGUGAGUCAGAUCGAAAGCAGAAGCUGCCAGACACCGCGGAGAGUGAAGCGAGGCAGAACCAACUGUGCUAUUUUGGAAGCCGGUUAAUUCCCCCUCGCGCCGCCCCGCCUCCCUCUCUCUCUGGGCUCUCAUCCUCCUCCUAGCACUUUGGCCUCCUCAGGGAGCAGUUAGGACAGGGCUGGAGUUCCCUGAUGUGUGUCUCUGUGUGUAGGGGGUUGAUGGGAGAGGGCAGAAAGCCGGUUACCAGCUCUUCCCUUUGCCAAUCCCCCACCCCUCCAAUUCUGGUGGGGAGAGGGGAGGAGCUGGCGUCUCCCAGCGCCCGUGGGUGUUGGAGGCCAGAGCGCCCCCUCUCGGCGGCGCCCGUGGGUAGGGCGGCCCCGGUGAGCGGCCAGGUCACCGGCUCUCAACCCUGCCCUGUGGCCCUGGCGCCGCCCUCCCCGCCUGUCUUUCGCCACCAUCGGGGCCAGCUGUCAGCUGCCUCUCCCAGGGUCGUGAGUGACGAGCACCUCAGGUGGGAGCCUCUCCCGGCAGUGAACCUCAGCGGCCUGGGAGGGAUUUCCGGGCCCUGGGGAGAGAUAUUUUGGGGCUGUGGGCCUUUGCAGAACCUGUGAAAUCGCUCACCCCGCAGUAGACCUGACCAAUCCCCUUAAGCCAUCAGCUCACUCAUUGGACAUCCUAGGCCUGCUUGGAGUUCUGUUCCUCCCGUCCACCCUUUUGGGUUUCUUUGGAGCCCAGGCGAGCCUGGGGGUCCCUGCCGUCCAGCCUGCAGUGGAGAAAGAGGGAGCCAGCUCCAGCAGCCGCCAUGGCGUCUCGCAUCGGGCUGCGCAUGCAGCUCAUGCGGGAGCAGGCGCAGCAGGAGGAGCAGCGGGAGCGCAUGCAGCAGCAGGCUGUGAUGCACUACAUGCAGCAGCAGCAGCAGCAGCAGCAACAGCAGCUGGGAGCGCCGCCCACCCCCGCCAUCAACACCCCUGUCCACUUCCAGUCACCACCGCCUGUGCCAGGCGAGGUGCUGAAGGUGCAGUCCUACCUGGAGAACCCCACUUCCUACCACCUGCAGCAGUCACAGCACCAGAAGGUGCGCGAGUACCUGUCCGAGACCUAUGGGAACAAGUUUGCCGCCCACCUAAGCCCUGCUCAAGGCUCCCCAAAGCCCCCACCGGCUGCCUCCCCUGGGGUGCGGGCGGGACAUGUGCUGUCCACUUCUGCUGGCAACAGUGCCCCCAACAGCCCCAUGGCCAUGCUGCACAUCAGCUCCAACCCUGACAAAGAGUUCGAUGAUGUCAUUGACAACAUCAUGCGCCUGGAUGACGUCCUGGGCUACAUCAACCCUGAGAUGCAGAUGCCCAACACGCUCCCCCUGUCCAGCAGCCAUCUGAACGUGUACAGCAGCGACCCCCAGGUCACGGCCUCCCUGGUGGGCGUCACCAGCAGCUCAUGCCCCGCAGACCUGACCCAGAAGCGAGAGCUCACAGAUGCUGAGAGCCGGGCCCUGGCCAAGGAGCGGCAGAAGAAAGACAAUCACAACCUAAUUGAAAGGAGGCGCAGGUUCAACAUCAAUGACCGCAUCAAGGAGUUGGGAAUGCUGAUCCCCAAGGCCAACGACCUGGACGUGCGCUGGAACAAGGGCACCAUCCUCAAGGCGUCCGUGGACUACAUCCGGAGGAUGCAGAAGGACCUGCAGAAGUCCAGGGAGCUGGAGAGCCACUCUCGGCGCCUUGAGAUGACCAACAAGCAGCUGUGGCUCCGCAUCCAGGAGCUGGAGAUGCAGGCACGUGUACACGGCCUCCCCACCACCUCCCCGUCUGGCAUGAACAUGGCCGAGCUAGCCCAGCAGGUGGUGAAGCAGGAGCUGCCCAGUGAAGAGGGCCCCGCCGAGGCCCUGAUGCUGGGCGCCGAGGUCCCUGACCCUGAGACGCUGCCCGCUCUGCCCCCGCAGGCCCCACCGCCCCCACCCGCCCAGCCACAGUCCCCCUUCCAUCAACUGGACUUCAGCCACAGCCUGAGCUUUGGGGGUGGGGCUGACGAGGGGCCCCAGGGCUACACCGAGCCCCUGGGGCCAGAGCAUGGCCCCCCAUUCCCCAGCCUGUCCAGGAAGGAUCUGGACUUCAUGCUUCUGGACGACUCCCUGCUGCCCCUGGCCUCAGACCCCCUCUUCUCCACCAUGUCGCCCGAGGCUUCCAAGGCUAGCAGCCGGAGGAGCAGCUUCAGCAUGGAGGAAGGGGAGGUGCUGUGACACCACUGCCCGCCCCUGUGCUGGGGGGGGGGCAUGGGGGGCGGGCCGGGCCGGCCCCUCCCCCUUCAGGGUGCACCUGUGUGUGAAGUAGCCACCUGCCCCGCCUCAUGCCUCCCUGUUGGCUCCUUGUUUGGACUUAGUGCCUGCCUGGCAGCCUGUGGGGUGAGGAGCAGACCCCCCCACACACACCCAGCCUGGCUCUGUGCACCCCUCCAUAUCCCCAUGGAGCUGGGUGGGAACAGGAGAGGGCACAUGGAGGGGACAGUGGGCCGUUCCCCUAUCCCGGGGAAGGACAACAGCCAUGGUGGGUUCUGGAAGCUGCUUUCUGAGGCCACCGGGGGUCCUUUCCGGGGCCCAGCCUGCGGCCAAACCGACCCCUGCCCACUGCCCUCCUCCCCGCAGGGCUCCCACCCCCCCUUUGGUGCUAACAGCUCUCCACCUGGUGGUGUGAGGGUGGGGGUGGCUGGAGGAGAGGGUGGGCGGGGCUCAGGUGAGAGUGGGAGAGCAGUCCCCUCUCGCCCUCCCACUUUGUGCCUUUAGUAAACACUGUGCUUUGUA